AUGUAUAUUAGCAAAAAAGAUUUACCGGCUUGUAAAAAGGAACAUGCAUUUUUACUCAUGAAUCAGUAUUAUGAAGUAGAUAAGCUUCUUGGAAUGUCUUUUUGUGAUAAAAUAGGAGAUUUGGACAAUUUUAAGGCAUUAACGAAUAAGGCAAAUCAAUAUAUUCCAACAAUUGGAUUUGCAUGGAAAUUCGCUGAAUUUAUUUUUCUCGAAAGGAAUUUCCAAAAAGACAGAAAUAAUAACGGAAAUAAAUUAAGGAAUGUUUUUGCGUAUCCACAUCCAGCUUGGUUUUUAUUGAACGCUCAAGGAACUCGAUUCACAAACACUAAACAUAAAGAAAGUGAGAAUUUUGCAAAAGAAAUCGAUUUGGAGCCCCUGGAAUAUCAUUUGACCCGGAGAACGAAGGGAUUUUCAGCUAACAUCCCUUAUUUGAAGAAAAUUUGUCCAAACAUUUACGAUAUAAAUCUCGCAAUCACCAAAAAUCAAGCUCAAAACGCGCCAAAUUUCUUUAACGAUGAAAGUAUUGAAGCACACAUUUACAUCAGACGCUUCGAUACAAAAGAAAUUCCUGAUGACGAAGAAAAAUCCGCCGAAUGGCUACAAAACUUAUUUCGAGAAAAAGAUCAUUUUCAACAAAAUUUUCAAAAGCACGGAAGCUUUUUUCAUGAUUUGGAACCAAUUGAGCCAAUUACGUUAAAACCGAGACUUGUGUGUUUGUUAAAUACUGUUGGAUGGAUAUUCGUAACAAUUUCUUUUGUGAUAAUUUAUUUUGGGUAUUUAUUGGUUAAAGGACGAUUUUUGACAUUUUCUGUUGGAGUCGCUGUUUUGGGACAUUUUUAUUAUUUGAUGAAUAAGACGAUCUCAUACAGUCAAAUUGAAAAAAGUUAA